AACUUUACUGUAGUCAAUACUCCAAACGCUGACAUGGCUGCAAUAAGUAGCUGGUGGAUUUCAUGCAUUGUUUUGGUUCAUUCCGCUUAUUUGGGAUCUUGUGAUUUGGAGUCCGACUACGGAAUAGGAAAUGGAUCCCAGCCUGAGCUCUUCAUUUUCCAUGAGUUGUGUGCCCUGAAGAAAGAUGAAGGGCCCUGCAAGGCGGUUAUUGAGCGUUUCUACUUUGACAUUGACACAGGCCACUGCAAGGUCUUCGAGUUUGGUGGCUGCAAAGGCAAUGCCAACAAUUUCGAGAGCUUGGAGGCAUGUGAGCGAAUGUGCCUGGUAUCUGCUGACAAGAGUCCAUGUCAUCUCGAGGAGGCGCCUGGGCCGUGCCGAGGUCUGGUGAGCCGCUAUUUCUUUGACAGCCGGAGCAAAGAGUGCAAGCACUUCUACUACGGAGGCUGCUUUGGCAAUGCCAACAACUUCAGGAGUAUGAAAGAGUGCCAGGCCCGAUGCCAGAACCCAGAAAUCAGCACUCUGGCCCUUAAAGUGGACGUGGCCCCAAAAGUGGAUGAGUCCCCUAAUUUGGAGAUCAAAAUUAAAGAACCCACCAGCGAAAUCAGUGUUCAGAUCCUCAAAGCAACUGGUGAACUUGCUUUGAGUGACUCACACAUGCAACAGAACCAUUCCCAACUCCAAGUAACAAACUUCACUCCUCCGGAGCUCUGUUUCAGUCGCAUUGACAGGGGCACGACUUGUGAAGGAGAGGAGGCAAGAAUGGAGAGGAGGUACGUGUACAACCCCAAGACGAAGAGAUGCCAGUGGUUACGCUACAGUGGUUGUGGUGGUAACAAGAACAAUUUUGUCCUCAAGAGACACUGCAUAAAGAUGUGCAUGAAGCCGGGGUACACUGACAAAAGAAAUACCAUCCGGAUAAAGAAGAAGAACUUAAACAUUUUAUUUCGAUCUGUUUAAAGCAAGGCCUUAUCGUUGAAGCAUUCAUACAUACACUACUUUUUCAUCUUUAUUUAUGUCAUUCUUAUUGGACUUUGGUAUUAAUUUGUAGUGUUACAAUAACUGUAUAAAAUUGUUUGGUCUACUGUGUUAUUUGUAUCGUUUAAAAACAUUUAGGGAACCUAUGUUAAAAGAGUUUUUUGUGGUAUCAGAGAAACGAGAAGAAAAUCACAUUAUAAAUAUUGGUAUAUAAUUGCUAUAUCCUUUUUGUGGACACCAGACAAGUUUGUUUUAUUGAUAAAUGAUGAACAUUAAGGAAAACAUAGCACUCCACUGCUCUGCACAUGCAUUACAAUAAGGCACAUAAUCUGUAUGAUCUAUUACAUUGUCUUUGUUAUGACCUCUUCAUGUGAAUCAUGUCAUUCCUUGGGGAAAAAAUAAAUACUUCAUUGGUUUAACUAAG